AAGGUAUCACAUCAGUUUUAAUGUCCCAGAUGGCCAGGAUUUAAGUUUUACAUCUCAUCUAAGAAACACCGGAAUAUUCACAAUGAUCCCUUCAGCAACAGCGACCCCUUCCAGCGAGGCGCUUUUCCCCAGCCUGUCUUGUCAGGAGUUCUGGAGGUCACAGGUUUCAGGCUAUUCCGGAUCUGUGUCUCGCCACAUCAGUCAUCGUGCCAACAACUUUAAAAGACACCCAAAGAGGAGAAAACAUAUCCGCCCAUCUCCUCCUCCACCCCCAAAUACACCAUGCCCUAUUGAUCUGCUUGACUUAGGGGAUCUCCACCCUCAGAGAUCUUUCCUAGAACUGCUGUUUAAUGGGUGUAUUCUCUUUGGGAUUGAGUUCAGCUAUGCCAUGGAAACGGCCUAUGUGACUCCUGUGCUGCUUCAGAUGGGGCUGCCAGAUCAGUUGUAUGGCAUGGUGUGGUUUAUCAGUCCAAUACUAGGGUUCCUGCUGCAACCUUUGCUGGGGGCCUGGAGUGACAGAUGCACAUCACGAUUCGGCAGGAGACGGCCCUUCAUUCUGGUCCUGGCAAUAGGAGCACUGCUGGGGCUCUCCCUCAUGCUGAAUGGAAGGGACAUCGGCAGCGCCUUGGCUGACACAGUGACUAACCACAAAUGGGGGAUCGUUCUCACAAUCUGUGGGGUUGUCCUAAUGGACUUCAGUGCUGAUUCAGCAGACAAUCCCAGUCAUGCCUACAUGAUGGAUGUGUGUAGCCCAGUUGAUCAAGACAGGGGACUCAACAUCCAUGCUUUGUUAGCAGGUCUUGGAGGUGGCUUUGGUUAUGUGGUUGGAGGAAUAAAUUGGGAUAAAACCAGUUUUGGAAGAGUUGUGGGAGGGCAGCUCCGUGUCAUCUAUGUCUUCACAGCAAUCAUAUUGACUGUUACUACUGUCUUGACACUAAUUAGCAUUCCAGAAAGACCGCUGCAGUCUUUUAGCAAGAAGAAAAAAGUGAUGAAGAGCCCAAGUCUUCCUCUUCCUCCUUCUCCACCUCUUUUGUUCGAGGAAGGUGUAAAUGAAAACCUCAGUUCACGUAGCUCAGAACAUUUAUAUGCAAGUUUUACAAGCCCAAUUUCUCCUCUCAGCCCGCUCACACCAAAAUAUGGCAGUUUUAUCAGUAGAGACAACUCCUUGACAGGAAUUAAUGACUUUGCAUCAUCAUUUGGGACCUCGAAUAUUGACAGUGUGCUCAUAGAUUGCUUCACAGGAGGGUAUGAUGGCUAUUUAGCAAUCCCAGCUAGCUUGCCCAGACAGGUGGUCAGUGUUAGCUUUCCCAGGGCGCCAGAUGGCUUUUACAGCCAAGAAAAUGGAAUUUUGGACCAAGGGGAGAAUUCUGUAAAUCCAGGGCCAGAUGGAGAUGCACUAAGGGUAGGUUCACUGGAUGCAAUAAAGCCACAAUCAAUAGGGAUUCUGAAAAGGCCUCAGACCUUGGCCAUCCCAGAUGUAACAGGAUAUUGUCCAGAAAGUAGCAGAAGAAGGAACGUAACUUUCAGCCAACAGGUUGCUAAUAUCUUGCUGAAUGGUGUGAAAUAUGAGAGUGAGCUGAAUGGUUCAGGUGAAAUGUCGGAGCAACCACUUUCCAUGAAACUUCUUUGUUCAACCAUCUGCCACAUGCCCAAGAUGCUACGUAAUCUCUGCAUCAACCACUUCCUAGGUUGGCUCUCGUUUGAAGGAAUGCUGCUGUUCUACACAGACUUCAUGGGAGAAGUAGUGUUUCAAGGCAACCCUAAAGCCCCUCACAACUCUGAUGAAUAUCAAAAAUACAAUGCUGGGGUCACCAUGGGAUGCUGGGGAAUGUGUAUCUAUGCAUUCAGUGCUGCAUUCUAUUCAGCUGCACUAGAAAAGCUGGAAGAAUACUUCAGUAUUCGCACCCUGUAUUUCAUAGCAUACCUGGCCUUUGGACUUGGCACAGGCCUGGCUACACUCUCCAAAAAUAUCUAUGUGGUUUUAUCUCUGUGCAUAACUUAUGGCAUUUUGUUUUCAACACUCUGCACACUCCCAUAUUCCCUGUUGUGUGAUUACUACCAGAGUAAAGAGCUCAGUCUGGUAGGGCAGUAUUAAUGUUCCUAUACUGCCGUUGCAAAAUCUGAUCAGGAGCAAAAACAAUAAAACCAGCCAUACUGUGUCAGACCAUUGCUCUGUCUAGCUCCGUAUUCUUAAUCUUCUGUGCCAUAUGCUGCAGAGGGAAUGGACAGAAAAGGGAAAUCAUUGAGUGAUUCAUCCCCUGUUGUCCAGUCCCAAAUUCUGACUGAGAAUUCAGGGCACCCAGAGAAUGGAGUGCAUCUAUGACCAUCUUGGCGAGUGACUGCUGAUGGACCUAGCUUUUGGAACUUAUUCUUUUUGUGAUCCAGUUAUACUUUUGGCCUUCAAAACAUUGCUUGGCACUGAAUCUCACAAGUUAUUGAUUUUUGUGUGUGUGUAUGUGUGAAGCACUUCCUAAUGAAGAAUCAGAGAGGGCAGUGUAGAGUAGGGAAGAAAAUUGGCAUCCUGUGACCUGCAGAAGAAGAAAGAGGAGAACUUAUGUACCUCCAGUGCAGAUAAAAAUAGGAAACACUUUUCAGGCACUCUGCACAGGAACAAUGACAUGAAUGGUUUGGAGGAGUUAUCCGAGGACAGGGAUCAGAAGGAGGUCCCAUUGAACAGAAGGCCUGGGAUGCAUUGUCCUGAGGUGGAGGUUCCACGACCACCACUCCCAAGAGAAGACAGGUGCUGGUGGUCGGGGACUGCCUCCUUGGAGGGGUGGAGUCAGCCAUCUGCCAUCCAGACUGGGAAACUCGAGAAGUGGGCUGCUUACCUGGAGUUAGAAUUCAGGAUGUGACGAAGUGCCUGCCAAUGCUGAUCAAGCCAUUGAACCAAUACCCCUUCCUACUGCUUCCUGUGAGCGCCAGUGAUACUGCCAAGAAUGUAGGUUACUGCAGACUACGUGGGUCUGGAAAGAAGGAAAAGGGGUUUCAGGAGCAAGUUGUCUUCUCAUCCAUCCUCCCUGUUGAAGGAAAAGGUCCAGAUAGGGGCCAUCAAAUUGUGGAGAUAAAUAUGUACUUGUGCAGAUGAUAUUGGAAAGAGGGCUUUGGAUUCUUCAACCAUGGAAUGCUGUUCCAGGCAGAUGGAUUGCUAGGAAGAGAUGGGCUCCACCUAAUGAAGAAAGGGAAGAGCAUUUUCACAGGCAGGCUUGCAAACCUUAUGUGGAAGGCUUUAAAAUAGGUUCUCUGGGGGAUGGUGAUGUAAGCCCUGAGGUGAUGGGGAAGUGGGAUACCAGGAGAAAACUCAGGGAGGCGGGAGCAACAGGGAAUGCAUCCUGAUUCAUACUGAGAAAGUAGGGUGGUCGGCUAGUUAUCAUGGCAUGUCUACACUGGGAAAUUAUUUCAAAAUAACUUAUUUUGAAAGAACUCCUGAAAUAACUACUCUGAAAUAGCGCAUCCACACUACAAAGGCAGCA